AUGCAACAACAGCUGGAAGCCAUUGUGCAGCAGGAAAACUAUGAUAUAAUUGCCAUAAUGGAAACAUGGUGGGAUGACUUGCACAACCUGGGUACUGCAAUGGAUGGCAAAAGGGAUAGUAAGACCAGUUGUUCCCAGGCUAUCCAGACCCCUGAGCUGGAAGACAGGGAUGGGGAGUGGAAUGAAGCUCCCAUAAUCCAAGGGGAAAUGGUUAGCGACCUGCUAUGCCACUUAGACACACACAGGUCUAUGGAGCUGUGUGGGAUCCAACCAAGGGUACUGAGGGAACUGGCACAAGUACUAACCAAGCUACUUUCCAUCAUUUAUCAGCAGUCCUGGCUAAGUGGGAAGGUUCUGGUUGAUUGGAGGUUAGCCAAUGUGACACCCAUCUACAAAAAGGGCCGGAAGGAGGAUCCAGUGAACUACAGCCUGACCUCAGUGCCGGAGAAGGUCAUAGAGCAGAUCAUCUUGAGUGCCAUCAUGUGGCACUUUCAGGACAGCGAGGUGAUCAGGCCCAGUCAGCAUGGCUUUAUGAAAGGAGCCGGGUCGGACCAGGACCGGGUGAAGCGCCCCAUGAACGCCUUCAUGGUGUGGUCGCGGGGCCAGCGGCGGAAGAUGGCCCAGGAGAACCCCAAGAUGCACAACUCGGAGAUCAGCAAGCGCCUCGGGGCCGACUGGAAGCUGCUGAGCGACGCCGAGAAGCGGCCCUUCAUCGACGAGGCCAAGCGGCUGCGGGCCGUGCACAUGAAGGAGUAUCCGGAUUACAAAUACCGGCCCCGAAGGAAGACCAAGACCUUGCUGAAGAAGGACAAAUACUCACUGCCCGGCAAUCUGCUGGCCCCGGGGGGGGGCAACGCGGUGAGCAGCCCCGUCGGGGUGGGGCAGAGGAUUGACACUUAUGCCCACAUGAACGGCUGGACCAACGGGGCUUACUCGCUGAUGCAAGACCAGCUGGGCUACAGCCAGCACCCGGGCAUGAACAGCCCCCAGCUGCAGCAGAUGCACCGCUACGACAUGACAGGCCUGCAGUACAGUCCCAUGAUGUCCUCGGCCCAGACCUACAUGAACGCCGCCUCCACCUACAGCAUGUCCCCCGCCGCCUACGGCCAGCAGCCCUCCACGGCCAUGAGCCUGGGCUCCAUGGGCUCGGUGGUGAAAUCGGAGCCCAGCUCGCCGCCUCCCGCCAUCACUUCCCACUCGCAGAGGGCCUGCCUGGGAGACCUGCGGGAUAUGAUCAGCAUGUACCUGCCCCCGGGGGGGGAUGCCACAGACCCUUCCGCCCUGCAGGGCAGCCGGUUGCACAGCGUCCACCAGCACUACCAGAGUGCCGGGACUGGCGUGAAUGGUACCGUACCACUAACUCACAUAUAA